AUGCAACCCAAGCCGGGCUUGUCUCUGGAUCAAUUUCAUGAAUGGUACAACAACGAACACGGCCCGACUCGAGUCCGUAUCCCUCAGAUCUUCAGCAACGGUCUACGCUUCCGCGCAACUGAUGCCAUCGAACCAACUUUUCUCGCCGUCUAUGAUGUGACUUCAAUGUCCCACCUCGAGACGCCGACCUACCUGACUCUGCGCGCCAACAGAUCGUCACGGGAGGCCGAAACAAUUGGCGAGGUGGACGUGAAUCGCUACUUUUACGACCUGCAAUCCACAAGAGAAUCGCCGGACUGGGUCCCAAUCGAGCAGUUGACGGACGAGGAGGCCGAGGGUAUUGUUCUCGUUGCUGUUGAGAUGACCUUGACGGCAGUGGAGGGUGCAGAACAAGGAUACAUCUCGUGGCUUGAGGAGGAACACAUUCCCAUGCUGUCCAAGGUCCCUGGCUGGCUGCGGGCCCGCCGAUUUAGGACCUCCAGCCUCGACAAGGAUGCGCCUCUUAAAUACCUUGUCCUCUACGAGUAUGCCAAAGCCAAUGGUCUCGGAGGACCCGAGUACAAAGCGGCCACUUCUACACCAUGGAGGGAGCAGGUCUUUGCUAAGUUCGUGGCCGACAAGGGACGCAGGACGUACAACCCCUUCUAUGUGUUUGGGCCUGCGCCUCGCGACCUCUCUUCGCUCUCUCGAUUGCCAUCGAGCGCUGCGUUCACCUCUGCCGAUGGCUUGACCUCUACCACACCGGGUUCUUGGCCUGUCAUUUCAUCUUAUAUCACCACGGCAGAUGGGCUCUCAAUUCCAUAUCGCCUGGAGGGCAAUUCGUCGCCGAAUGCCCCGACCCUUGCCUUUUGCAACUCGCUCCUCACCUCCCUGCACAUGUGGGAUCCGCUGGUAGACAUCUUGAAGUCUGCCCGGCCAGAGUUUCGUAUCCUCCGCUACGACACGCGCGGCAGACACGCCAUCCCCAGUCCCCCCGUCGCCGCGAACCUCGACAUGCUGUCUGAUGAUCUGGCGACUCUGCUGUCGGCGCUACGCAUUCAGAAACUUCACGCUCUCAUUGGGGUCAGCAUGGGAGGAGCGACCACCCUGAAGUUCGCCCUGAAGUAUCCAGGGAAGCUGGGCCGCUUCGUGGCCUGUGACUUCAACGCGGCCAGCAGCGAAGCAAACACUAGGGCCUGGAAAGAGCGGAUUACAGUAGCGGAGACACCUGUCGAUGGGACGCCAGGCAUCCAAAAGCUGGCAAAGCAGACUGUGGAGAGGUGGUUCCAUCCGGGAACGGUGACCUCGAAGCAGGACGUGACAAGCUGGAUGACGGAGAUGGUUGGUGCAAACGACAUUGAGGGGUUCAGGUACAGCUGCCAGGCCCUAUGGGAUUACAACAUGAAAGAGACUAUAGGAGAGUGUCAGAUCCCAGGGCUGCUCGUCGUGGGCGAAGGCGACGGCAAGGGGGCUCUGGUCAAGGCGAUGGAUGGGUUCAAGGGGGGCAUUGGUGCAACUGGUGUACAGCUGAAGGUCGUACCAGAGGCGGGCCACUUGCCCAUGUGUGAGAAUCCUCAAGAAUUCUGGGAUGCCGUCAACCCUUUCCUAUGA